CGCCGGAGAACACGCGGGUGGCGCGCUGUGUACCUGGGUUCCAUUACCGGCGUCGGGUAUCUAGUCGUAUUGCGAUAUAGGGUUGUGAAGUGUUUUUCACAGAAGUGAAACAACUAUGGCUGAAGUAAUGGAGGUGGUCAACUCGGAUGGCGCUGGUGACGCUGAGGCGCUGAAGGCCAAGAAGGAGCAAGAGAAAGUCGGCUGUGAAGAGAUGACCUCCAAAGACUACUAUUUCGACUCUUACGCCCAUUUCGGCAUCCAUGAGGAGAUGCUGAAGGACGAGGUGCGGACACUCACCUACCGCAACUCGAUGUACCACAACCGGCACCUGUUCAAAGACAAGGUGGUGCUGGAUGUGGGCUGCGGCACGGGCAUCCUGUCCAUGUUCGCCGCCAAGGCCGGCGCCAAGAAGGUGAUCGGCGUCGACUGCUCCAACAUCGUCGACCACGCCAAGACCAUCGUCAAGGCCAACAAGCUCGACCACGUGGUGGAGAUCCUGAAGGGCAAGAUGGAGGAGAUCACGCUGCCCGUCGACAAGGUGGACAUCAUCAUCUCCGAGUGGAUGGGUUACUGCCUCUUCUACGAGUCGAUGCUGGACACGGUGCUGUACGCGCGCGACAAGUGGCUGGCGCCGGGCGGCAUGAUGUUCCCCGACCGCGCCACCCUCUUCAUUACCGCCAUAGAGGAUAGACCGCAAUACAAAGACGAUAAGAUCAACUGGUGGGACGACGUGUACGGCUUCGACAUGAGCUGCAUCCGCGAGGUGGCCGUCUCCGAGCCGCUGGUGGACGUGGUGGACCACAAAACAGGUGCCGCGUGCCGACAGGUGGUGACCAACUCCUGCCUCCUGAAGGAGGUCGACCUGUGCACCAUCAAGAAGGAGGAGCUGGCCUUCUCCGCCCCCUUCAGCCUGCAGGUCCGGCGGAACGACUACGUGCAGGCGUUCGUCACGUUCUUCAACGUCGAGUUCACCAAGUGUCACAAGCGGGUGGGAUUCAGCACAGCGCCGGCCGCCGCGUACACGCAUUGGAAGCAGACUGUGUUUUACUUUCACGAUAGUAUCACGGCCAAGGUAGGCGAGCAGAUCGAGGGCGUGUUCUCGUGCUCGCCCAACCCGCGCAACAACCGCGACCUAGACUUCCACAUAAGCUUCGACUUCCACGGAGAGCUGUGUACUGUCAAAGAUAGCAGGAGCUACAAGAUGCGCUAGCGGGAGCGGCGACCGCCUCCCAGGACGUGCGAUGGCCGCCGCCCGCGAGCCCGCGAGCCUGGCGGCGGCUGCUCGCGCCGGGCUGCCUCCGGCCAGGCGGCGCCGGCCGCUCCGGAUGGCCCGGCGGGCCGCCGCCGCCGCCGCCGCCGCCGGGCGCGUCUCCCCGGCCCGGCUGCUGUGAUGUCGCCUCCACGACCGCCGUCCCCCGCCCCCUUCUUCACCGGACGGCGUGUCACCGCGCGCCGGGCUCGUACUUCGUCAUCAAUAAAUGGAAGACUGAC